AUGUCUCAGUUAGUGUCAACUUUCUUUUUCUUUCUAUUCCUUUUGCUAUCUGUUUUAGUCAUUCCAGUUACUGAGAGCAAGGAGCCUGUUGCUACUCUUUCAUUUAGUCUCUCCAGACCUGCAAACUGCAUUGGUGUGACUAGUGUCUUUAUUAACAUAUGGAUUGAAUCCAGUAGUGGCUAUUCAUUGUGUUCAAGAAUUAAUGUGGGUACCUUGACCCAGUCUAGGUCUAAUCAUUCAUUUUCUAUCUGCCAACCUGAUGAUGUUAUAUUUCACUUUUCACGUGAAAACUUACAGUUGGGAUCCAAUUGUGGUCUAAUUAUUAUUUCUGAUGUAGUAGUAUCAGUCAAAGUUUCCAACUCUACAUAUGCUGUACCAGUAAAACGGUGCUCUGAAUCGCCAUUGUCAUUGUCUAGUCCUAUUAUUAGGAUCAACAAGUCUGUUUCUGUAUUGAACUCUAUGUGUAGUUGCAAUAAAUUCAUGAUAAUGGAUCAACGACCAUCUUUAGUUAUUCCUAAUGAUCUGCAUCGAUGUUUUGAUGAUCAAAGGAGUUGUCCUGAAGACUAUUCAAUCCCUACUCCACCUCUCUUACAAUGCUUACCUGGUAAAAGUUUGAUUACUGGUACUUGCAACAAAGGACUGUUUAAUGAAACAAGCUCUUGCAGUCAGUGUGGUCAACUUAAUGAGCCUGUAUGCAACUAUGAUACACAGUUUAGUGGCAUUAUCUCAAUGAUCAAUCAAUCAGCCAAUGGUGCUCUCCAGAACCUCUCUAAACAACUGAAUCAGUUUACACCAGAGCAAAGUAUUGUAUUGUUUGACACUAUAAUCAGUAGAGGAAUAAAUACCAGUGUGGUUAACGCUACUGAGAUGGUGUUAAGAACUGCUGAACUCAUAGUGAACAAACUGCCUAUAAAUGAGGCAGUGACAGUCAAGCAUUCAGUUGCCACUCAAUUCCUUUUAUCAUUGGAUACCUUUGCUCUUAAAGUAGCUCAAAGCACUUCUUUUGGUUAUGGAAAUACUUUUCUCAAUGUGACUCGGAAUGAAUCUUUUUCUGGUGAAAGGCUAACAGUAUUGAAUUACAAUGGCAACAGUUUAAGCUUACCAGCCAAGAUACUUAAUAACUCUCUACCAGCAACAGUAGCAUCUUUUGUAUACAGUAACUUAUCAUCAAUCCUUUCACCUUCUGAUGGCCGAAAGCUUAUAUCACCAGUCAUAUCUGCUGCUGUUAAUUGUAUUGGUACUUGUAUUACCAGUGAACUGACUGAGCCAGUGGUUAUAUCAUUCACUUUAUUAAGACAUACUCAACCAAUAUUGUCUUCAGCUAUUUCCUGUGUUUUUUGGAACAUUUCACGCUCAAAUGAUUUAUUGCCUAGUGGCUUCUGGGACACUGAAGGAUGUAAUGCAUCAUCAGUGGAUCAACAGAGUGUAACUUGUCAGUGUAAUCAUUUUGCACAUUUUGCCAUUUUACCAGUCAAUCAAUCAACCAUUGGUGCCCUCCAGAACCUUUUUGAAGAACUGGAUCAGUUUACACCAGAGCAAAGUAUUACAUUGCUUGACAAUAUAAUCAAUGAAGUAAUAAAUAUCACUGUGGAUGUUACUGAGAUGGUAUUAAAAACUGCUGAACUCAUAGUGAACAAACUGACUGUAAAUGAGACAAGGACAGUCACUCAAUUCCUUUUAUCAUUGGAUACCUUUGCUCUUAAAGUAGCUCAAAGCACUUCUUUUGGUUAUGGAAAUACUUUUUCUAAUGUGACACAGAUUGAAUCUUUUUCUGGUGAAAGGCUAACAGUAUUGAACUACAAUGGCAACAGUUUAAGCUUACCAGCUAUGAUAUUUAAUAACUCUCUACCAGCAACAGUAGCAUCUUUUGUAUACAGUGGUAAUAAGUUAUUAUCAAUCCUUUCACCUACUGAGCCUGAUAACCGAAAGCUUAUAUCACCAGUUGUAUCUGCUACUGUUGAAUGUAAUAGUACAUGUAUUACCAGUGAACUGACAGAGCCAGUGGUCAUAACAUUUGCUUUAUUAAGACAUGCUCAACUGAUAUCGUUUUCAACUAUUUCCUGUGUUUUUUGGAACACUACACUUGGCUUCUGGGACAAUGAAGGAUGUAAUGCAUCAUCAGUGGAUCAACAGAGUGUAACUUGUCACUGUAAUCAUUUAACACAUUUUGCCAUUUUACCAGUCAAUCGAUCACCGAUUGGUGCCCUCCAGAGCCUUUUUGAAGAACUGGAUCGGUUAACACCAGAACAAAGUAUUACAUUGCUUGACAAUAUAAUCAAUAGAGUAAUAAAUAUCACUGUGGAUGUUACUGAGAUGGUGUUAAGAACUGCUGAACUCAUAAUAAACGAACUGCCUACAAAUGAACUAGUAACAGUCAAGCUCUCAGUUGUCACUCAAUUCCUUGUAUCAUUGGAUACCUUUGCUCUUAAUGUAGCAGAAAGUACAAUAUUACCUCAAAGCACAAAUUUAACUCAAAGCACUCCUUUGAAUUUUGGAAAUAUUUUUCUCAAUGUGACACGGAUUGAAUCUUUUUCUGGUGAAAGGCUAACAGUAUUGAACUACAAUGGCAACAGUUUAAGUUUACCAGCUAUGAUAUUCAUUGACUCUCUACCAGCAACAGUAGCAUCUUUUGUAUACAGUGGCAAUAGCUUAUUAUCAAUCCUUUCACCUACUGAGCCUGAUAACCGAGAGCUUAUAUCACCAGUCAUAUCUGCUACUGUUGAAUGUAAUGGUACAUGUAUUACCGAUGAGCUGACAGAGCCAGUAAUCAUAUCAUUCAAUCUAUCAGGAUAUACUGAACAGACACUGUCUUCAAUGUCCAGCCCAAAUAUUUCCUGUGUUUUUUGGAACAUUGCACUUUCAAAUGAUUCGUUGCCUAGUGGCUUCUGGGACAAUGAAGGAUGUAAUGUAGCAUCAGUGGAUCAACAGAGUGUAACUUGUCACUGUAAUCAUUUUGCACAUUUUGCCAUUUUACCAGUCAAUCAAUCACCAAUUGAUGCCCUCCAGAACCUUUUUGAAGAACUGGAUCAGUUUACACCAGAACAAAGUAUUACAUUGCUUGGCAAUAUAAUCAAUGAAGUAAUAAAUAUCACUGUGGAUGUUACUCAGAUGGUAUUAAAAACUGCUGAACUCAUAGUGAACAAACUGCCUGUAAAUGAGACAGGGACAGUCACUCAACUCCUUGUAUCAUUGGAGGCCUUUGCUCUUAAAGUAGCUCAAAGCACUCCUUUUGAUUAUGGAAAUACUUUUUCUAAUGUGACACAGAUUGAAUCUUUUUCUGGUGAAAGGCUAACAGUAUUGGACUACAAUGGCAACAGUUUAAGCUUACCAGCUAAAAUAUUUAAUAACUCUCUACCAGCAACAGUAGCAUCUUUUGUGUACAGAGGCAAUAACUUAUUAUCAAUCCUUUCACCUACUGAGCCUGAUAGCCGAAAGCUUAUAUCACCAGUCAUAUCUGCUACUGUUGAAUGUAAUGGUACAUGUAUUACCAGUGAACUGACAGAGCCAGUGGUCAUAUCAUUCGCUUUAUUAAGACAUACUCUACCAAUAUUGUCUUCAACUAUUUCCUGUGUUUUUUGGAACAUUACACGCUCAAAUGAUUUGUUGCCUAGUGGCUUCUGGGACACUGAAGGAUGUAAUGUAGCAUCAGUGAAUCAACAGAGUGUAACUUGUCACUGUGAUCAUUUAACACAUUUUGCCAUUUUACCAGUCAAUCAAUCACCGAUUGGUGCCCUCCAGAGCCUUUUUGAAGAACUGGAUCAGUUUACACCAGUGCAAAGUAUUGAAUUGCUUGACAUUAUAAUCAAUAGAGUAAUAAAUAUCACUGUGGAUGUUACUGAGAUGGUGUUAAGAACUGCUGAACUCAUAAUAAACGAACUGCCUACAAAUGAGCUAGUAACAGUCAAGCUCUCUGUUGUCACUCAAUUCCUUGUAUCAUUGGAUACCUUUGCUCUUAAUUUAGCUCAAAGCACAAAUUUAACCCAAAGCACAAAUUUAGCUCAAAGCACUUCUUUGGAUUUUGGAAAUAUUUUUUUUAAUGUGACUUGGAUUGAAUCUUUUUCUGGUGAAAGGCUAACAGUAUUGAACUACAAUGGCAACAGUUUAAGCUUACCAGCUAUGAUAUUCAUUGAUUCUCUACCAGCAACAGUAGCAUCUUUUGUUUACAGUGGCAGUAACUUAUUAUUAAUCCUUUCACCUACUGAGCCUGAUAACCGAGAGCUUAUAUCACCAGUCAUAUCUGCUACUGUUGAAUGUAAUGGUACAUGUAUUACCGAUGAGCUGACAGAGCCAGUAAUCAUAUCAUUCAAUCUAUCAGGAUAUACUGAACAGACACUGUCUCCAAUGUCCAGCCCAAAUAUUUCCUGUGUUUUUUGGAACAUUGCACUUUCAAAUGAUUCAUUACCUAGUGGCUUCUGGGAUGAUGAAGGAUGUAAUGCAUCAUUAGUGGAUGAACAGAGUGUAACUUGUCAGUGUAAUCAUUUGACACAUUUUGCCAUUUUACUUAGUCCUGCAUCACCACCAGCAGAAUCAUUUCACCCAAAAAUAUGGACUCUUGCUGGUCAGAUAUUAGCUCCUUUUUCAUUAGUGUGUCUCCUUAUGGUCAUAUUGACCUAUUCUUGUUUACGGUCCUUGCGGAAUAUGAGAAACUAUAUACACAUUAUGCUCUGCUCCAAUCUGUUUAUUUCUAAACUGAUAUUUUUAAUUGGUAUUCAACAAACCGCCAAUCCAGUUAGUUUCAUUAUUGUCACAAUGUAA